GGCAGAGACGACACUUCCCAUGCCUGUCCAGCUGCCCUGUUAUGGCCUGUGUUAUUUUCCCAGGGUCCUUUUAGAGUCAUUAAGGCCUCACACUGAUUUUACAGUGCAUAAAGCAUUUCCACACGACCUCAUUUGAGCCUACCAGCAAAGCUGUGCAACAGGCAGGGUGGUUAUUAUCACCAUUUUAUAGCCCAGGAAGCAAGUGCCGAGGUAGCAUUACAGUGUGAUCCUGAGGUGGUUUCCUUCCCCUCCCUGGGCCUCAAUUUCCUCAUCUUUAAAAUAACACUGGAGGACUAGCUGGUCUCCAGGGACCCUUUUCAGUUCAGCGUAGGAGUCCAUCCAUGAUCCUGGGGUAGGGCAUGAAAGCCGGUGGUGGAUACCUAAGACCAUGAUGAAGUGCCGCCCGCGGGGAUGGGAAGCUGGGAAAUUUUAUGCUCCUGUGAGGAAUGCCUGUCCUUCCGGAUAGCUUUCCUCCAGGAGGCGCAUGGGAAGUGACAGCAAGUGGGAGUCUCGGAUGCACUGUCUGGAUUCUGCAAGUUGACUCCGGGGCUUAAUUACGGGGAGUGGCCCCACCGUAUCCAACAUGGCAGCUCCUAUCUGGUGCAAGCCCGACGCCCACUUCCGGGUUCCGUACCGCUGGCCAGGCUACUUCCGGCAGCGCUAUGGCUGGGUUCCCGGGACUCGAACGGAAGUUCCGGCGGGGGCGGCCGAGGGGGAAGAGAGUGUCUGUGCGGGAGAAAGAGGAGACUCGCCCGAGAGGUCUCGAAACCCCAGGGAGUGGAGGCCCCAGCCUGGAGCCCUGCAGUGUAUGUGUGGUAACACCAUGUCUGUGCCCCUGCUCACCGAUGCUGCCACUGUGUCUGGAGCUGAGCGGGAAACGGCCGCGGUUAUUUUUUUACAUGGACUUGGAGACACAGGGCACAGCUGGGCUGACGCCCUCUCCACCAUCCGGCUUCCUCAUGUCAAGUAUAUCUGUCCCCAUGCGCCUCGGAUCCCUGUGACACUCAACAUGAAGAUGGUGAUGCCCUCCUGGUUUGACCUCAUGGGGCUGAGUCCAGAUGCCCCAGAGGACGAGGCUGGCAUCAAGAAGGCAGCAGAGAACAUAAAGGCCUUGAUUGAGCACGAGAUGAAGAAUGGGAUCCCUGCCAAUCGUAUCGUCCUGGGAGGCUUUUCACAGGGUGGGGCCCUGUCCCUCUACACGGCCCUCACCUGCCCCCACCCUCUGGCUGGCAUUGUGGCCUUGAGCUGCUGGCUGCCUCUGCACCGGGCAUUUCCCCAGGCAGCCAACGGCAGUGCCAAGGACCUGGCCAUCCUUCAGUGCCAUGGGGAGCUGGACCCCAUGGUUCCUGUACGGUUUGGGGCGCUUACGGCAGAGAAGCUCCGGUCUGUUGUCACACCCGCCAGGGUCCAGUUCAAGACUUACCCAGGUGUCAUGCAUAGCUCCUGUCCUCAGGAGAUGGCAGCUGUGAAGGAGUUUCUUGAGAAGCUGCUGCCUCCUGUCUAACCAGUUGCUGGCUCCCAGCGCAGUCCCCCAGCUCACAGGGGACCCAGCACACAUGGCAUCAUCUUGGAUCUGAGCCGGUCGAGCCCCUGCCCCCACCCUCCCUGACCCAUCCUCUUCCCACAGGCCGCUGGGGCAGGCGGGCCAAGGCCUAGCCAGGCCUUCCUUCUUGGCUUCAGCCACCCGGAUGUCUGCAGCAGGGGGUGGGCUGCUUUCUUCUCCCAUUUCCCUGGAGGUGGCCCCCCGGCAGCAGUAUUGGAGGGGCUGUAGGCAGCGGAAGAAGGGGCCCAGCCGCUGACCCACUCACUCAGGACCUCACUCACUAGCCCCGCUUUGGGCCCCCUCCUGUGACCUCAGGGUUUGGCCCAAGGGGCCCUCCCAGGGCCCACUUACACCCUACCCCCAACUGAUUCUGCCCAGAUAAUCGUGUGUCUCUCCUGCCUCCACUCCAGCUGCUUCUCAAUCAUGAAUGUGUCCAUGACCCCCGGCCCUCUUGCUGCUGUGGGCUACCUGCCCCGGGCAGAAGUGUUGGUGAGGGGGCAGAGUCCUUGGAGGGGGCCUUCCCUCAGCCCUUUCCGACUUGGGGGCUGGGCCCUGCCUCCCCAUUACCUUCCUUCCCCACAGGCCUGGAGCCUGCAGGGCUGGACUGAGGCUCAAGGUCUCCCCCAGCUGUCUCACCCCCACAUUGUCCCCACUCUAGGGCCAGGGGGCGGUGGGGAAGGAGUUGUGUCUCGUCUUCUGUCUCUAUGUGGAUUUGGGUGUUUUUCUUGUUGUGUCCUGGAUUCCGAUAAAAUUAAAGAAAUUGCUUCAA